AUGGCAUCUCAGUCCGGCCUGACUUUGCCGACUGUGCUAAGCAGCGUUGUCGCUCAUCCUCUAAGCCAGCAACAGCUGGACGACAGCCAGUCUGAGGUCUCAUCGGCCCUGACAGAUUUAGAUGCUUACCAUGACCUUUGGGAAGUCUCCGACAAGAUGCUCGACUACUACACCCCGACCGAACUACCCGACCCAACCCAUAAUAUCCUCGUCACUUUUCGACAAAUGCUCUCACAUCAAGGGGCAACCGCGCUGAUGAGUGACAUCAAGACGAUUGGCAGAGAUCAGGUCCAGCUGAAAUCAUUUUCGCGCUACCUCGUCAACACUAUUCUGAAGCCCAUGAAGCUUGCUGGUAUCGUCAGAUCUGCCACGUCCUCAGAGGCGUCGCCCAAUCCCGCCGCUGCCGCUUCCAUUGCGCAACUCGCGGCCAGCGUGCAGCCGUCUGAUAGAAACCAACAGUCAACUCUCAAAUCGAUCUGCCUGAAGCGCGAUGGGUACCGCUGCGCAUUCAGCCAUUUGUACGAUAUCACGAAUGCACGAGGAGGCCGUGUUGUGCCGCCAGUUGGCGCCCUUACCUCUCAUACUCAACUCUGCCACAUCUUGCCGUUGGCACUUAGAAUGUUUGACAACGCCAGUCCAGUUGCCAGAGAUGCGGUGGCCAGAGUCUGGCAUGCAUUGUACCGCUACUUCCCUGAGUUGGAGGGCAAAAUCGGUCCUGAUACUCUGAACCAACACGAGAAUCUCAUCACCUUCGAGAUCACGGUUCACCUCCACUACGACAGCCACUGGCUAGCAUUUGACCCUAUUCCUGGCCGGGAUGGCCCGUCAGCCACCAACCCCCGGAAGGCCAUCGCAAAGUUAUGA